AUGGCCUCCAAGCUUUCAAUCUCGUCCACGCUUCCGCUUCCUGACAGCCCCGCCCAGAUCCCGCGGCUCGGGUUCGGCGUGUACAAGUCCACCGCUGAAACAUGCAUCCGGUCGUGCCUGACAGCCCUCAAGGCCGGCUACCGCCACAUCGACACGGCCCAGUUCUACGCGAAUGAGGAACAGGUCGGCCAGGCGGUCAAGGAGUCGGGCAUCCCGCGCUCGGAAAUCUACAUCACGACCAAGAUCAUGACCGCGUCGUCCGAUGUGCCCGCCACAUACCAGAGGAUUGCGGACAGCGUCAGGAAGUUGGACGAUAGGCCCGAUGGCUACGUGGACCUGUUCCUGAUCCACAACGCCUCGACUUCGCCCGAAGGAAACAAGAUCAUGUGGUUGGCGUUGGAGCAGGCCAAGACUGAAGGUAAAGUCAGGGACAUUGGCGUAAGCAACGCCGGCAAGCAGCACAUUGAAGCUAUGAAGGACUACGCCAAGGUCUGGCCACCGGCCGUGAAUCAGAUUGAGCUGCACCCGUGGAACCAGCAGCGCGAGGCUGUGAAGUAUUCCCAGUCGCAGGGCAUUGUCGUCGAGGCAUACUGCCCGCUCGUCAGGAACAUGAAGGCAGACGAUAAGACGCUGCUUUCUGUUGCUGAAAAGCACAACAAGACGGCCGCGCAGGUCCUCAUCCGGUACUGCUUGCAGAAGGACUGGGUCCCGCUGCCGAAGAGCGACACGCCCAGCAGGAUUGAGGCCAAUGCUGAUGUCUUCUGCUUCGAGCUCGAUGCUAAGGACAUGGAGACUUUGGAUAACCUAGACGAGGGUCCUUGGGGGGCAAUUGUCAAGGCUGUGGAUAACUGA